AUGAAGCCACCUGGUCGUGAAUUUCUGGCUGCUGAUCCAAGGUGCAAAAAAUCUUGCCUUUGUGGCAUCUUGGCUGUAGCUUCUUUACUUUGUGCUAUUUUGCUUUUCACGAGUUCAUUCUUUGCAGAACGCUACAACCAGAAACUAUCAAGAUGGAGAGUGAACUUCCAGAAUUUGGGAAUUGAUAAAUGCAAGAAUCAGUGCAGGCCUACUGGAAGUCAGGCAUUACCGGAAGGUAUAGUCUCAAAUACUUCCAAUUUGGAAAUGCGACCUUUGUGGGUACGUAUUGACUUGGAGACAUUUGAACAGAUUAAGGCAAAUGCAUCAGCCAAUUUGUUUGCAAUGGCAGUGGGGAUAACACAGAAAGAUCUUGUGAACAAGAUGGUCAAAAAGUUUCUAGCAAGUGAUUUCGUUGUGAUGCUCUUCCACUAUGAUGGUAUUGUUGAUGGAUGGAAGGAUUUUGAAUGGAGUAAUCAUGUCAUUCAUGUGUCUGCAAUCAAUCAAAGUAAAUGGUGGUUUGCCAAGCGUUUCUUACACCCUGACAUAGUUGCAGAAUAUGACUAUAUUUUCCUUUGGGAUGAGGAUCUUGGAGUUGAAAAUUUCCACCCUGAUAAGUAUGUUUCUAUUAUAAAAAGUGAAGGGUUGGAGAUAUCUCAACCAGCACUUGAUCGUGACAAAUCGGAGAUGCAUCAUCAGAUUACCGUACGUCAGAGGAGAUCACAAGUGCACAGAAGGAUUUACAAACCCCGUGGUAGUGGUAAAGGCUGUGAUGAAAGUAGCACUGCUCCUCCUUGCACAGGAUGGGUAGAAAUGAUGGCUCCUGUUUUCUCGAGAGAUUCCUGGCGUUGCGUUUGGUAUUUGAUCCAGAAUGACUUGAUCCAUGCAUGGGGUCUAGAUAUGCAGCUUGGCUACUGUGCUCAGGGUGAUCGAACAAAAAAUGUUGGUGUGGUGGAUGCUGAAUACAUAGUCCACUACGGUCAUCCUACUCUUGGAGGCAUAGAUGAGACUGAGGGAUCAUCUCACGCAAAGGAUCAUAGAGUUGAUGUGAGAAGACGUUCUUACCACGAGUUAGAAGUUUUUAGAAAACGAUGGCAAAAAGCAGUUGAGGAGGAUGAAUGUUGGGUUGAUCCAUUUCAAUAG